AGUCCUAGCAUUUUGGCUCAUUUACUUUAUCUUAGUGGUGAUGGAGCAGAAUUUGUAGAUAAUUCUACUGAGUGAUUUUCAAAUUUGGAGCUGAAGCUUUACCUUCUUUCAGACUUAGCGAUUCAUAUUACAUUGUGUGAUUUGAAGUCACUCUAUUUUUCAUUUAUCAAUUACAAUUUAAUCUAAUUACAAUUAUUAUCGUGAAGGUAUGAUAGGGAGGAAGGCAGCACUAUGUUUGAUGGAGAUAACUCAUCACUUUUUCUUGGAGACAAAGCUUUCUUUCAGAAAAAAGAGGCUGAUUUUGCCAAAAGACUGAUUGAUGCAGACAUUGCCGUAGUGGGAAAACAAGGUGAAAUUGAUUUUGAGGAAGCUAAGUUUUCACAGCAUUUGAAGAAGGGAGAAGCUGUGAGUGACUUUGCUAAGUUAAAAAUCAUUUCAGAGCAAAGGAAAUAUCUGCCAGAAGAGUUAUUACAGUAAAUGACUGAUGGGGUACUUCUACGUGAAACACUCAAGGAGCCCGUAAAUGCAUUUUGCUCUCUAUGGUAUGGGUUGUACCACGAGCUAAUCCUGACCACAAAGGAGUACAUGCAGUGCUCCAUAGCAGUGGAGCCACAGUUAAGGAGUCUGAUACAUCAUUACCGAACUUUUCUUCCACAGUUUUGAGACCAAAGAGACUUCAGGU